AUGGUAGGCAAUUGUCUCUUUUGUCGUCGGCAGAAUGCCAUAUUCAGCAAACAAUUGAUGGCCUCGUUACCAAGUUCCGAGUUUCGUCGGCCAGAAUGCUACAUUCGAGAAACAAUUGAUGGCCUCGUUACCAAGUUCCCGAGUACGACCAGGUUGGUGGCCCUUCGCCGAAACUGGGAUGGAUUACUUCGGGCCACUAUGGGUGAAACAAAAGACGUUGAUGGAGAAACUAUACGGAUGCCUGAUGACCUGCCUGCAGUCACGGGCUUUGCAUUUAGAGACCGUGCACAGUAUGUCGACCGACUCCGUUCUUAUGGCCUGGCAGAGNUGUUCUCCGACAACGGGUCCAAUUUCGUGGGUGCACAAAAGGAGUUGAGCGACUGGUUGAUGCGGUUAGACAAACGUGCCCUGCAAGAUUUCGGUAAUUCAGUACCGUAG